GCCGCGGCGCCGCCGUCCGCCGCGGCUGUGGCCGCUGUGCCUAUGGCACUGCGGGCGCCGAGAGGGCAGGGGCAGGGCGAGGAGGACGGAGCGGAGGAGGAGGAGGCGGCGAGGGGCAGCCAGGCGCGGGCCAGGAGCCAUGCGGAGCCCGCGGCGAGCGGUGGCAGGACCCAGAACCGGCAUGAGAGGAAGCGGAAGAGGCAGGAGGAGCAGCAGCUUCAGAAGAUCCAGCACCUGGAGUCUUUCUAUGAGAAACCUCCCCCUGGGCUAAUUAAGGAGAAUGAAACUAAACCAGAAGACUGCAUACCUGAUGUCCCAGGCAAUGAAAGCGCACGAGAAUUCCUGGCACAUGCCCCAACAAAAGGGCUUUGGAUGCCUUUGGGAAAAGAAGUCAAAGUUAUGCAGUGUUGGAGAUGUAAACGUUAUGGACACAGAACAGGAGAUAAGGAAUGCCCAUUCUUUAUUAAAGGCAAUCAGAAAUUGGAACAAUUUAGAGUAGCACAUGAAGAUCCAAUGUAUGAUAUAAUAAGGGAAAACAAGCGUCAUGAAAAAGAAAAGAGGAUACAGCAACUGAAGCAGCUGCUGGAGGACUCUACCUCAGAAUCUGAUAACAGCGAUGAGGAUGAUGAAGAUGGCAGCAGCUCCACUUCCUCAGAACAUAAACACAAGAAGAAAAAGAGAAAAAAGGAAAAGAAAAAAAAAGAAAAGAAGAAGAAGAAAAAGAGGAAGAGUAAAUAAUCCAAAUCUAAUGACAAGUCAAAAUUUGACUGACAGCAGGCACCUGCUGCAUGCUUAUUGACCUCUCUACUUGUGAACUGCAAGGAAGAAUCCAAAUAAUGAACAGGAAAACACCAGAAAGAGCUUUAUUAAACUUGGAACAUACAUGCGUAUGCAUACAGCAUCCUACAUUGGCAUCCUCUUCUGCCCCUCUGCAGUCAGAAAGAAGCCGCAUCAAACCAUAUCUUUGUGCUGUAAAACCCAUGCUGAGAGUCAGCCAGCUUGGUCAGGUGGGGCCUCUUCAUUGCUGCCCAUGACCAGCAGCAGAAAGUGGCAACCACCAAGGGAUCACUGACAAACCUGCAGCAUUAGCAGAUUGUCUGUUAAAGCGUCUUUACUCCAUGAAGUUAUUUUAUUGUAUACAAAGCCUCAUUGUAGCAGGACUGCAGUUUGCACCAUGCAUAGCACUCAGAGUUCCCUUAUAGUGCUUAUAAUGAGCAGGUUGUACUGUAUUUUCUUCUUUGCAUACAUGCUGAAGUUCUGUGUACAUAUCCUAUUAUUGGCAGCUAAGGAAAUAAAGGAGUACUGCAGGGGAAAAAUGGUAA